GGAUGCCUGACAUGGCCUGUCAGCCCGUGAGAGAGGUUGAGAGGCCUUCCUGCCUACGAGCGCUGCGAGGCAUCCAGGCAUCGUGUGUUGCACUGCACUAGCACUGCCGCUGGACAUGACGGAAUGGUGCAGCACGGGGGGCACUGGAUGCUUGCCAUUAGAGUUCUGACUCCUGAUGAGAGGUCGUCGACAGAGCUCGCCUCUCCCGCCAACCCCGCCCAUCACACCGUGCUGCUGCAACUCUACACUAGCUCCAGCCAGUCGGCCACUAGUAACAACCUUUGAACUCCGAUCUUGCGACGGCCGCCGCGCCAAGACAUCCAGCACCAGCCAAAAAAACCCGGGGCGGACGCCUAUACCUUCCCGCCCUCGCCCACGACUCUUUUUUGAUCCCAUCCUCCCUGUCAGCUUGAGCUGUCGAGGUUCGCUGGUUGUCCCCCCCCAGCAAUCAACAUGCUUUGAAUAGUUGUUGGAUAUUGCAGAGAUCUCUAGGACAUCACACAUCUACCAGUCAUCCAUCAUGGGCCUCGGAAUUCUCGAGGACAGGGUCAUGGACCAUGUCCCAGGGACCACCCGCUAUUUUGACGAUCCCGACCAGCCGCCGCGCUAUGCCUCCACACAAGGCGCCCCCGGCCUCAAGACCGACAACAGCGGCCCCGUGCCCAUCAUCCUCGUGCCCCAGCCCUCCGACGACCCCAACGACCCCCUCAACUGGCCCCUGUGGAAGCGCGACCUCAUCACCUUCAUCCUCUCCUUCUCCGCCAUCUUCGCCACCGCCCUCGGGCCCAUCCUCGCCGCCAACACCGUCACCGUGUCGCUGUACAUGACCCAUGACUUCACCGACGUCGCCGUCCUGACCGGCUACUUCCUGCUCGGCACCGGCUUCGCGAGCGCCUUGUUCGUGCCCUCAAGCCGCGUCUGGGGCAAGAGGCACACCUUCAUCUUCGGCAUGGUCGUCCUCGUCGCCUCCAGCGCCUGGGGCGGCUAUGUCGGCUACCGGAAGGACUACAACAGCUUCCUCUGGUCCCGCAUCAUCCAGGGCGUCGGCUGCGCCCCCUACGAGGCCCUGGUCAACGCUGCCGUCGGCGACUUGUACUUUGUCCACCAGCGCGGCAGCAGGAUGGCCCUGACCAACCUGGCCGUCUUUGGCGGCGCCUUCUUCACCCCCAUCGUCGUCGGCAAGAUCACCCACGAGCUGAACUGGUGGUGGACCUUCUACCUGACCGCCAUCUUCUGCGCCUUGUGCCUGCCCGCCAUCGUCUUCUUCUGCCCCGAGACCGCCUACAGGCGGGACACCGACCUCAACACCGACAUGCUCGCCCAGGAGAACCCUGCCGGCGUCGCCAGCAGCGAUGACUACCCGCUAUCCGCCCGCGAAAACAACAGCCAGGAUUCCGAGAAGUACAUGAACGGAGACGGCCCAGGACCCGCGGCCGGCGGCAACGCGGCGCCCAUCCCGCCCAAGGUCAGCUACCUGCGGUCCCUCGCGCUCUUCAACGGCCGCAAGACCGACGAGGCUCUCUGGAAGCUCGCCCUGCGGCCCUUCCCGCUCUUCCUGCAGCCCGCCUUCCUGUGGGCCACCCUGAUCGGCGGCUCCCUGAUCGGCUGGACCGUCUUCAUCGGCGUCAUCCUCGGCGCCUUCUUCCUGGGCUACCCGCUGUGGUGGGACGAGGUCAAGACGGGCUACGCCUACACGGCCGCCUUCAUCGGUGCUAUUGCCGGCUUCCUCAUCGCCGGCGGGCUCUCCGACUGGUCCGCAAAGGUCAUGACCAGGCGUAACGGCGGCGUCUACGAGCCCGAGUUCCGCAUCGUCCUGGUCAUCCCCCAGUUCGUCUUUGGGUGCAUCGGCGUCUUCGGCUGGGGCGCCGCCUCCGACGGGCUGCUGGCUGGCAAGUAUGGCUUCGCCGUGCCGCUCAUGUUCUUCGCCUUUGAGGUCUGUGGUAUGGUCAUUGGUGCUGUCGCGAGCAGUCUGUACAUCGUGGAUGCGUAUCGUGAUCUCGCCAUCGAAGGUCUCACAUGUAUGAUCAUAUUCAAGAAUAUGUUCAGCUUUGCUCUUACCUUCAAGGCCUAUGAGUGGCUCAUCACCAAUGGUACGAAGGCGACACCUCUCUUCAACGCCCUUGGCGCAAUUCAGGUGGUCAUCUGCGCUUCCAGCAUCCCGAUGUACAUCUAUGGCAAGCGGAAUCGGAGUUUCUUCCAUCGUCAUGACAUUUUGAAAUUGCUCGGGCUGAGGUGACCGCGGCGGAGCCCCAUUACGAAGUGGUUUUUUUUAACCUAGGUGGUUACGUCUGAAGACAUCUAAUGGCAUAUCUAAUAUAAAUAGUAGUUAGGAAAGGAAUCCACCUCAAAUUUAGCAGGCGACUUGUGCAGCAUACACAUACGAGCUGUAGGAUUAUUGUCCCAGAAUGAUUGUCGCAGGUGACAUUCUACGUGACAUUCCCGGUGAGAUGGCCAUACGAGGUGCCUGCAAAGCCGAGCUUAAAAUAUAUCCUGGGAACUAUAUGGGAGCGAUUUCAUGAAAGACACAUGUAAAUACUGCUGUCAGCUGCUCGUCUGCCGUAGGAUUCCCUCCAGUAGCAUAGGCUCCAGGAAUACAACAUCCUCUAGCGGGAUACCUUCCUACAAGACGACCUUCUGUAGGACCAACCCCUAGACUUCUAUCGGACAGGCUACAAGGGAUCAAAGGGCCAGAGUGAUACCUAUCCAGUAGGACAAAACCCUCACAUAGGGCAACCUCCUACCGCGGCCCCCCCUCUUAGGGUAACCCCCAUAGGGCAACCUCCCAUAUGGUAACCUCCUACCCUCCCAUAGGGCAACCUCCCAUAACUUCCCAUAGGGCAACCUCCUAUAGGGCAACCUCCCACAGGGCAACCUCCCACAGGCUAACCUCCUAUAGGGUAACCUCCUACCCUCCUAUAGAGUAACCUCCUACCCUCCUAUAGGGUUACCUCCUACCUACCUAUAAGGUGUCUUCCUAUAAUAUAACCUUCCUAAGAUACUAUCUUACUUCUAAU